ACCGAGUCAUUCCAAGAUGGCGGCCGGCAUGGCUGUAAUGCAGUUCCCUACUCAAACAAAUACUAUGAAAAAAGAAGGAAGAACCCCGAGAAACAAAGAACUCAAACAAGAAGUGAUGGAAGUACCUGAAGAGAAACAACAUGAAGGAAUUCAGCAAUAUUAUGUAACAAAGAUUGAGGAACUCCAGCUUGUUGUUUCAGAAAGGGUUAAGAAUUUAAGGCGACUGGAAGCUCAAAGAAAUGAAUUAAAUGCUAAAGUGAGGAUGUUGAGAGAGGAGCUUCAGUUACUUCAAGAACAGGGUUCCUAUGUUGGUGAGGUUGUCAAACCUAUGGAUAAGAAAAAAGUUCUUGUCAAGGUUCAUCCAGAAGGCAAGUUUGUGGUGGACAUUGAUAAAGGAAUUGAGAUGUCAGAUGUGACACCAAACUGCAGAGUUGCCCUCAGAAAUGACAGUUACACACUUCACAAGAUCCUUCCUAACAAAGUUGAUCCAUUGGUGAGUCUCAUGAUGGUUGAAAAAGUGCCUGAUUCUACAUAUGAAAUGGUUGGAGGUCUAGACAAACAAAUUAAAGAAAUCAAAGAGGUGAUUGAGUUACCUGUGAAACAUCCUGAAUUGUUUGAAGCUCUUGGAAUUGACCAGCCUAAAGGUGUGCUACUGUAUGGUCCCCCUGGUACAGGAAAGACCCUUCUGGCACGUGCUGUGGCUCAUCAUACAGAAUGUACCUUUAUCAGAGUUUCUGGCUCAGAACUUGUGCAGAAAUUUAUUGGAGAGGGUGCAAGAAUGGUCCGUGAACUGUUUGUAAUGGCAAGGGAGCAUGCACCAUCCAUAAUCUUUAUGGAUGAAAUUGACUCCAUUGGUUCAUCUAGAUUAGAAGGUGGUUCAGGAGGUGACAGUGAAGUACAAAGAACUAUGUUGGAGUUAUUGAACCAGCUGGAUGGUUUUGAAGCCACAAAGGACAUCAAGGUUAUCAUGGCUACCAACAGAAUAGAUAUCCUGGACUCUGCCUUACUCCGACCUGGUCGUAUUGACAGAAAAAUAGAGUUCCCACCACCAAAUGAGGAGGCCAGACAAGACAUCUUGAAGAUCCAUUCCAGGAAAAUGAACUUGACAAGAGGGAUCAAUCUGAAGAAAAUAGCUGAGCUGAUGCCUGGAGCAUCUGGUGCCGAAAUCAAGGGAGUAUGUACGGAAGCUGGUAUGUAUGCACUAAGAGAAAGGCGUGUCCAUGUCACCCAGGAAGACUUUGAGAUGGCAGUUACUAAGGUUAUGCAGAAAGAUUCAGAGAAGAACAUGUCAAUCAAGAAAUUAUGGAAAUAAGUGUGCUUAAUAAUAAUAGUAUUGAACAUCAUUGGCAAACAGCUCACACAUAAGCUGUUCUUUUGCAAGCUACAUGUAUUUUCACAACUAAAGUGCUGGAUCACAACCAUCUUAUAUCUUUCUCUGUUAAUGUUCAAUGUUGAAUAACUCUGUACAUUGACAGACAAAAUAUCAGGUUCAGAUUCAUCUCAUAAAACAAGAAAGUCUUAUAUCUACUGGGUAACAUCAACUCUGUUACAAGAAGAAUGUGCAUACUGUACCUCUCUGAAAGAGUUUAUUGCUGGGAUGUUGUCUGUACGAGGCAAUGUAUGUCAAGUAUUUAUUGUUCAAAGGCUUGACUGACUUUCAUAUCAACCUUUGAAGAUGUGGAACAAGUUAUACUGGCAAAGGUACCCUGGCAAACAUGAGAACAUUGAAAGUAGUGACGAGCAAAGUCUAGAUACUUGUGGUAAUACAAUAGUUUUGUGAUUUACUGUGGAAUUUUUGUUUGAAUUAAUUUAACAAGAUUUGAUCCUACUUUACAUACUAACAGCAACGUAAAGUAGGGUUGAUCACCAUUAACCAUGUUAUUAUAUAAAGAAGAAUUUAUAUAACAGAAGACUGUAAUGCAAGUGCAAAAAAAAAAAAAGGAUUCUGUCUUAUACUCAACUAGGUGUGCAGUAACUACAUUCCCAAAAUUAGCAACAGUUUUUAACUAAAUACCUGUUUAAGUUGCCAUAUUACUGAGUUAAAUCCUGAUAAUAUACAGUCAUAAACCUAGCUGACAAACACUUUAUAUUAAUAUAUCAGUCAUUGACUGUAUGGUUUAUUGCUUGUGUUAAUUUACUGUUAUUAUUGCCUAAGGGUAAAGCUAGUUCACAUCAACCCCAUUCUAGAACCAUUACUUAUAUCGGACCCUAUGCCUUCGACUCUAUAUACUAGAUCAUGUAGAACUGUGACAAAUUUGGGAAAAAGGUAAAUGUUAUUGAUCAAGCUAGUUAGUAUACAUUAAGUGUGUGUGUCAUAAUAUUUCUUAUUUACUGUGAUGAAUAAAAUGUUUAUUAUUGACAAACAA